GGCUCCAGCCGCCCUACCGCCUCCAAGUCUGCCGCCACCAUAUCCUACACCAAUGCAGGUAUCAAACGGUCCGAUAAGCACACACCUGACACCUAUAUCGAAUCCACAGCAACCACCGCCACCCAGUCAGCUGGCCGGCAAGCCGCUGACGGGGAGCAGUGGAAAAUUGCCGCCGGUAUGCGCGGCGGCAGGUGGUCAGGCACCUCCGUCGGCCGGCAAACAGCCACCGCAGCAAAUACCGUCGCCACAGCAACAACCACAGACUCCACAGUCACCGGCGGCACCACAGCCGCCAGCACCACAGGCGCCGGCGUCUGGUAAGCCUGCGAGUCUAAUGGCCGCCACGGCCGGUGCUCCUCUAACCACCAUCGCCAACGGCUACUCCUCAGCCAUUCCGCCGAUCUCCACGUCCACGCAUCCCAUCUCGACGCCACGCAUCACGUCGCCGGGAUUGGCGGCGGGACAGCAGGCAGCCACGGGUGCGCAACAGCCGGCUUCUCUGCCGGUUGGCGUACCACAGCCACCACCGGCAACAGCUCCCACAGCCCCACCGCCGGCUACACUGCCGCCGGGACUGGAUAGUGCAGCUGCGGCAAGUGGCAGGACAAAUAGUCCAGCCGUAGCCACAAGUGCAGUGCUUUCAGCCGCGGCGCCAGCUGUCAAUGGCAACAGCAGCGCCGUGACGUCAAUUGUGGGCACAAACAGCAGUAUCCCGCAGGUCUAUCGAUCAGGGUAUCCCAAUUAUCCCCUCUAUGCUCCGUACAGCAAUCUCCAUCACAGUCCAUACCUGCCGCCGGCUGUGCCGUCGCCAACGGCUUCUCCACGGACGGCGGGGGCUGUCGAUGUGGGACGCACUGGGGCGCCCGGACGAGGUGAAUCGCCUCUUGUGAUGUCAGCCGCGGCAAAACCCGUACGACCUGUUACGCCCAGUUCCAAUGGCAGUGCCAGCGGCGGAAAUGUCGUGCCGCCGCCACAUGCGGGGCGCAUGGAUCUGCCGCCGGUGUCUGGGACACAGUCUCAGCACACACCAACGCCUCUGGUCACAGUUCCCAGGGCACAUUCACCACGAGGGCACAGCCCUACUCGAGAACGUGAUAGCUAUAGUAGCAAUGUUAGUAGUCUCUCUCGAUCAUCGGCAACUCCCGGAUCAGCACCGUACAGUGGUUCCAGUGGAGUUCAGCCGGGACCAUCGCCAGCCUUGUCGUACAAUACGGCCGGUGCUACCCAAUCUCCAUUGCCACCAGCCACCGUUGGUGUUUCUUCUAGUCUCUCUUAUCCCAAAAGUACACAAUCCACAUGGUCAAGCACACAACUGUCUCCGGCCACAAAUACAUCACUGACGAGGCCUACACCACCUCCAGUUCCGGUGUCAAUUCCAUCACUUCACUCCACUUCAGUUGCUGCCACAACGCCAACACACACAUUUCCGCCGCCACUGUUCGCCGCCCCACUGCCUCCGCCCGCCGUCACGACAACUGCGGCCGCGCCCCAUCCCUUCAGUGCUGAAUCUCUCUUUCAAUCAAAACUCCCAACAUGCACGCGUGAUCGGGUAGAUCAAGCAGAUCUGCUUCGGCGUGAGCUGGACAAUCGGUUUCUGGAUCGGUCGGGACUGAGUGCGGUGCCACCGUCGCCAUAUUUGCGGCAGGAAUUGCAUCAUCAUCAGCAUCAACAUACGCAUUUGCAUCAGCAUCAACAGAUCAUUGCAAGUACACCAUCAGCUCCGGCGCCACUAUUUCCUCCGCCCAUCUUCAAGGACAUCCCAAAGAUGGGUGCCGUGGAUUCACCGUUCUAUCGUACGGGUCUGGGUAUGCCAACGUAUCCGGGCUACAGUCCAAGUCUCCUGCAUCCUGGUCUAAGUGGACCCACGCCAUUUGUGCCACCAAGUCAUUUGCCAGCAUUUGCCCCAAAGCAACCACCUCCUGCCGUUGAUCCUAAGCCUAAACAAGUGAAGACGGGUCGAUGGAAUGCGAUGCAUGUGAGGAUCGCCUGGGAGAUCUAUCACCAUCAGACCAAGCAGAAUCCGGAAAAGACAGCAGCAGCUGCAGCGGGAUUGAGUGCAAAGGCGACAGACCUCCUGAGGCCACCAUCUCAUAUUUUUCCACCAAGUACAGCUUUAGGGCGACCACAUGAGCUGCCCACGUCCACCUUCCCGCCCACCGGACUGCCCGGGAGGACGCCCUUUGAAUCAGCACCGCUCUCAACGAGUUUCCUCACAUCACCAGCUAGUCAUUUAGGGAGUGCAGUAUCUCCAUUUGGUAGAUAUGCUUCCCCAUUUGGUGGCUCUCCAUUUACCGGAUUGUCACCAUUCUCGCGUGAUCUUCCCCUCGGUGGACCACUGACUUCGGUGCACGAUCCAUGGAGAAGUUUCCAACGCAACCUUUACCCUAAAUCUGUGGAUGUCUUUGCUUCCAGCACACUCCCAAGGACAAUUGGGGCCUACCCACCGGGUCCGGGUCAGAGUACGUGGCCUCUGAAGCCGGACCCCAAUAUUGAUGCGGCCCGUCGAGAGGCUGAGGAACGCGAGCGUGAGAUGCGCGAACGCGAGCAGCGUGAACGUGAGCGACAGCGUCGUGAGCGCGAAGAGCGUGAACGGCAGCGUGAGCGAGAGAAGGAGGAGAAACGGAAGGAGCAAGAGAGGGAGAGGGAGAGGGAGAGAGAACGUGAGAGGCGUGAAAAGGAGCGUCGGGAGAUGGAGAGGCGAGAGAUGGAGCGAGAGCGAAUGUUGCAGCAGCAGCGACUGGCGGAGAGUAGCAAAAUGGCGGCCAGUGGAGCUGUUCAGCGUGAUCGGUCACCACUGCGCAAUGGCACGGAUGCCGAUGUCCGGGUAAAGGAGGAACCGCGCAAGGAGGAUACGGAUCUGCUGAUGCGCACUGAUCCCAGGUACCAUCCUUCGGCGGCUGCGGCUGCUGCUGCAGCCGCUGUCCAUCAUCCCUACCUUGCAGUGCGUCAUGCACCGCACGUUCUGCCCCCUCCCCCGCCCCAUCUCUCGCGAUCCAUUCUGCCACCAUCGCUGGGAGCCCCUCCAAUGUCACACUUCCCGCCACCACCGCCUGGGCCCACGUGGGCCGCCAUUGAUCCUUACCGGGAUCCCUACCGUCUGGACUCAAUGCUGCGGUACAAUCCGCUCGUGGAGGCAUUCCGGGCGGAGGAGGAGCGAGCCAAGGCUAUGAACGCCUACGCAGCCCAUUCGGCUGCACAUUUGCGUGCCAAGGAGCCCAGCCCAGUGCCCCCUCCGCCUCCAACACACCAUAGACUGCCUCCGGGUGCUUUGAAGCCACCCACAGCUGCCCACAUGGCGCCGGGUGGCCUCCCUCUGGCGGCUGAGCUGCACAAGAAGGAUGACGGCCCACAGCCACGAUGAUAGGAUGAGUCGCCGAGGGCUCAAGAAUACUAAAAACCAUUCACUUCCGCAAAAACCUCAUGGUCAGGAGGCAAGGUAAGUCUCCGGAAAUUUGUUUUGACAAAAGUGAGGUUACGCCAGCAAGUGAACGGUUUAGUAUUCAAAAAAAUAUAUAUAAAAAAUAUAUUAAAAAAAAAACUGCGGCAGCAAAAGUGAUAUUGAAAUAUUAAUUAUUAAUAUAUUGAGAUGAAAAUCAGAGAAAAAAUAGACAGAUAGUGAAUUAGAUUUAAUAUUAAAAAAAAGAAGUAAUUAAAAAAAAAACUCUAAAUCAUAAGGAACAAAGAUGGAGGAGGAAGUGUUUAAAAAAAAAACUAUGAAAAAAUGAUUAGAAAUUUACUUAGAAAGUGAUGGUGGAAAAAAAGUGAAUCUCAUUCUUAAUUUAAAGAAAAAUAUUAUUAAUUAAAUUAUUAGGAUGACAGAGAAGAUUUAAAGAAAAACACACGUAAAGAAGAUAGGGAUAUCUUACUACCUUUACCUACUUUCUAAAAUAAUAUUUAACAAGAAAAAAAAAGGAUACACAGAAAUGUGGGAAAAUACUUAUAAGUUUAUCAAAAUAUUAGUAAACUAUAUUAAAUUAUUAUCUAAUGUAAUGAUUGAAACAAAAUACAAAAAAAAUCAUAUUUUAUUUAUCAAUCUUAACUUUUUAGGACGUGAAACAAAAGAAGAAGAAGAAUAAGUGAAAAACAAGUGAAAAGUGAAGAUAUUUGUGAGAAAAAAAAACAUUGCAAAGAAAUUGUGGAACACAAGAGAUUCGAUUUUAUAUUUAGAAAAAAUAGAAAAAAAACAAAAAAUAUUGAAAGAAUAAAACAAAAAAAAUGUACAUGAAAAAAUUAGGCAGUAUAAGGUAUUUAUAAAAAAAAGAACAAAAAAAAACAGUGGAUUUAUUGACUAUUUAUCAUGCAUAAUUAACUAAAAUGCAUGCAUUAUAGUGAAAAAAAAGAAGAAAACCUAUCUCUAGAACAGGCUGAAGCAAGGCUAAAACAAGGAUUUGUGGGACUAAAAAAAAUCCAUGAAAGCUGGAAAGUAAAAAAAAAAAUGAAACGAGGAACAAGCUUAGAGAAAAAAAUGGACAAGAUGUUGAAAGAAAAAAAAUCUAGUGAAUAGUGAAAAAAAAACAAUUAAUAAUAUUGUAAAGUUACAUUGAAAAAAAAUUGUUGUUGUGUGUGCGCUUAUUUAUUUUCGAGUAUAAGGACAAAAAAAAAGGUAAUGAAAAAAAAACCAAGAAAAGCAGCAGAAAAAAUAAAAGUAUUUGUGAAAAAAGAUGGGGAAAGGCGGGUCGAGUGAAAAAGUUUGCAUUAAAAAAAAUAAUAAAUUGAAAAAAAUAAGUAAACGUGAAAGAAAAUUUAAAAAAAAAUGAUGCAGACCGUGUACAUAACAUUUAAAUAAUAACAUUUUAAACAAUUAAUCCAAUAUUUAUUGUGUCUAAAUACACGCAAACAUCAUUCAUCAAAAGUUUAAAUAUUUACAUUUUUCAAUAGCGAUUGAAGGUAACAGAAAAAAAAACACACAAUAUACACGGAAUAUGCAGACAACAACAACAAAAUGUACCAACACUCACUUUGCAUUUUUUAUCCAAUAUUUAAAUUUUAUAUUUAUUUAUUCUUUUUUCAGCAAUUCAAUAUUUAGGGCAAGAAAAAAAGCUAGCCUAUCCUUCCAAGAAGGAUAGGCUGGCCAUUUUUAGGAGAAAGAAAAAAAACAAACAAAUUACUAAUAAUUCUUUUUCUAUCCCAAAAGAUUCUGAGAAUCUCAAUGUUUAUUAGAAAUUUUGUUUUAGCAAUUUUCUUUUUUUAAAUAAUUUAAAUUCAAUUCCUUGGUCUGAAGAAAUGUGCAAGAAAACAACACGCUAGAGCAGGGGUGUUCAAGAACCGUUUGAAAACGAAUAAACGUCAAAAUAAGUUUGUCCAGGUAACGUUUUGAUUAUUGACGUACAAGUUUUAUUUGACGUUUAUUCGGUUUUAAACGGUUCUUGCAUAUCUCUGCGCUACAGACACAAAAGUUCUCUCAAAAUGGCUGGGAAGGCGUUUAAAUAGCGUGGAUUGCUUUGAAUUUGACAUAGCUGUCAAAUUUGACAGCUGUCACUGCUACGAUUGCAGUUAACAAAGAAAAUUCAGUUAGAACACUUUAAUUUUCAAGACGCCUCCACGGCAAUCUUAGGGUCUUUAUUCAAGAUCAACAGCAGAAAGAUGCGUCUUUCUAUGCAAAAUAGAAAGUCCCCAUGCUUCGUACGAUCUCAAGCUUCGUAAUAACUAAGUUUUUCCUAUGUUUCUGAAUAAAUGUAACUUCGCAAUAUAUUUUAAAAACUGGACAAUUUUUACUUGUUUUUAAAAUACAUUUAGGGUAAAUAGGGCUAAUUCAAAACCUGCUCUAAAUGGAAUUUUUUCGCUACUCCAAAUGGAAACGUCAUUGUUUUCAUGACAAAUACAGUACUAAAUUAUUAUAUUUAUAUAUUUUCUAUACCACAGUUUCACUAUUUAGUUAAUUUUGCUCCAAAUAAAGCGAAAAUCCGUUCAUUUUUCAUUGGAAAACCAUGUUUUCCAAUGAAAAACACAAUAAGGUGACUGUGGUUUAUUCGUUUUGUUCAACAUUUAUGUCUUAUUUCUGGCUAAUUUUAGUUCAAUUAAGUGCUAAUCUUUAUUGUCAACGGUACGUGAAAUUUUCAAAUGAAAUAAUUACCUAUUUCGUGAACAAAAAGGUUUUUUUCUGAAGUGUCUGCAAAUGCUUCAAUAGGAAACCCUGGAAAUACGAUUUUUUUUGACAUAUUUUCUUAUUGUUUUAUAUGAUAAAGGAGAAAAGACCAGGAAUAAGAACAAAUCCUGCAAACAAGAGCAACUCAACAAUGUUUUGGUCGCGGUUUCAGUUACACUGUUUGUCUCCAAUUAGAAACUUUCCCUUGUCUCCAUUUGGAUUAAUAUGUUUCCAAAGAAGCAUCUUACACUCGCGUAUUUUUCUCGCGUAAUUUUCUUGAGAAAAAAUAUGAACUUAAUGUGUUGAAUCUUCUGUCAAAGGAAAAGCGUCUGGAAAUGGUUUUGAAUUAGAACAUUUACCCUAUUGACAAACAGAAAAAAUUUAGUCAGUACGAAGCUUGGGAUCGUACGAAGCAUGGGUACUUUCCCCUAUGCAAAUUCAGUUGUGCCAGUUGUGCCAGUUGCAUUUUACUGAAGCAGAGAUAUUGCGAUAUCUGAACAAAAAAUCACAUUAUCUUGCGAUCUCGGUGCUGAAAUCGCGAGAUUUGCGAUUUCUGAUUAGGAAGUUAUGUCAUCUUGCGAUUUUAGGGCAAGAAAUCACAUAAUCUUGGGAUAUCUUAAUAAAUCAAUAUAAACAUAAAUCGAAUUCAUAAAUCUUUGAGCAAGGAACCAUACAUUCAUGCGAUAUUUGAGCACUGAAAUCGCAUAAUCUUGCGAUCUCUACGUAAUCGUAUGAUCUUGCGAUUUUUUAGCCAGAACUUAUAGAUCUUGCGGUUUUAGUGCUGUGAUUUUUGUACACAAAUACAGCAUUGAUACCGCAAGAUCUAUAAGUUCUGGAUAAAAAAAUCGCAAAAUCAUACGAUUUCAAUGGCAAAAUCAUGUGAUUUUUUCGCAAGAUCAUGAGAAUUUUUAACUCAGAGCUUGCAAAAUUCAGCGAUUUCGGAAUUGAAAUCGCUUGAUUGUGUAAUUUUUCGCUUAAAGAUCGCAAGAGCACACGAUUUCGCACUCUGAUCGCAUGAUCAUGCCAUUUCUUGCCCAAAAAUCGCAAGAUCGUACAAUUUUAGCACUGAGAUCGAAAAAUUUGACAAAUUCUUCAUUUUAUCUUGAUUUUAUCUAUUGCGAUUUCGGAGCAAGUAAUUGGUAAAUGCAAGGUCUUACGAUCUCAGUGGUAAAAUCGUGCAAUUUUUCGAUCUUUGAACAAGAAUUAAUGCCAUCUUUUACUCUGGAGGUUGGUUAUCAACGCUAAGACGGCGGUGGCCGCUAUUGCACAAACAUUGAACUCCUUGUACACCUAUAUCUCUGUCUAAAUAUUUGGUUUCAAGAGCUCUAGCUCAAAAGCAGUAUUUGAAAUAAAUGAAAAUGAAAAAAUAAAAUGAAAUCUUGAGAUUUCUGAGUGAAAAAUCGCAAAAUCUUGCCAUCUCAGUGCAGAUUUCGUGACAUUUUGCGAUCUUUGAACAAUAGAUCAUGCCAAAUUGCGAUUUUUGUGCGCGAAAUUACAAAAUCUUGCUAUUUCAAUGCUAAAUACUUACAACUUUGCCAUUUUUAAGCAAGAAAUUAUAGAACCUUGCGAUCUCAUUGCUAAAAUCGCGCGAUCUUGCGAUUUCAGUGCUUAAACCGAGUGGUUUUUUGCAAACUCCAAGCGAGAUAAAUCACCUUUUUAUUGAGAUUUACAAAAUCGGUAUCCUGGUGAUGGUGAUUGAUCCUGGUAAAGAACAAUGUUCAACAGAUUAUAGAACCACAAAUCGCUUAAAUUUGAUCGGAAAACACUUAUAGAAUGUAAAAAAUGCAACUAGAAUCACUGAAUUGCCAUUCCCAUAUCGCCUGAUAAGGAAAUUAUGAGAAAGACCAUGAUUCUAGUAAGGGAACCUAUACUUUUUCCAUAACUUUAAGGCUUAAUCAGUUUUUCUUACAAGAUAUACUUUGAAAAAAAAAUCUGCCCCGAGAUUUGAUAUCGCUUCAGAUGAUACGCGAAUAUUUCACGCUAAGUUACUCAUUUUUUCUUUGUUUUCUACAAGUUAAUCAAUGAAAAACAAUUUAUUAACAAAAAAACUAGUUUUUAAAUGUUUUUAUUUAAAUUUUUCGUUUUUUUUUUGCAAUUUUGUGGUGAAAAAGAUAUUUUUUAUUAUUCCUUAUCAAGAAAUGUACUGUUUAAGCUCUAUUUUUUUAUAAAAAACUUUAAAAAUUAGCAAUUUUUAAAUAAACUAAUCAUUUAACAGCUAAUCAAUUGCAAAAAUUACUGUUCAAAACGUUCAAAGGUAUUUUUUUAAAUAUAUAAAAUUCAUACUUUGAAUGGUGUGAGAUCGAAUCUUCGGGGGGAUCUUUAUAAAAACUUUUUUUAACUUAUAUAAAGUUUUUUUCCGUCUUGUAACCUCUCCAAUAUCCGUUAUUUGACAUAUCUGUCAAAAUUCAAAGCUUCCCACCAUAUAAAACCUUUUCAGUCAUUAAAGAGACAGAGAGAGAGAAGAAAAAAACCUUAGUAUUGAUUUGAUAAAGUUUAGUGAAAAAGAAUCAGAAGAAGAAAGAGUAUUUAUAUAUUGAUAGGAAAAAAAUGGGAUCAUUGUUGGGAACGCGAUUAUUUUCUUUUUGUCUUAAUUUCAAAAGAAAGAAUCCCAGUGAAUAAAAAAACUAAAUAAAAAAAUAGUGAAGAAAAACAUCUUAAAAAAAAUGAAAAAAUGCGAACAAGAUAUUUUCUCAUAAAAAUCACAAAAAUGCGAAUUAAGAACUAAAACGGAUACGGGAAAAUAAGUUUCGGCUGAUAAAAUAGUACAAAAAAAAAUGGUAAAUGAAAUUUUAAUUUUUUUCUCAAGACAAAAGCCAACAAAAUAAAAAGAAACUGAGAGAUAAAAUUAAAAAAAGGAAAGAUUCUUAUCAAAACAAAAA